AUGUCUAUGCGAAUCGUCCCCGCCUCCCAGGCACCCACAACCUUCUCCCACGCCUCCCACUCCUCCUCGGCCCCCUCCGCGCCCGGCAUCCACGACACCCUCCGCCACGGCGUCGGCGUCUCGGCCUUUGACGCCGCCUCCAACAAGCCCGUCUCGACGCACCCGCUCGAGGCCCGCCUCAAGAACUGGGAGGCCACCCAGGAGGCCGUCCGCAUGGAGUCCCUCAAGCGCACCUUUGGCAUCGCCGAGCCCAUCCGCCGGGGCAUGGAGCUCAAGAUUGUCCGCGAGGGCGAGUGGCGGCCCAUGGCUCUCGGCGGCGGCCUUCCCAGCGUCCACGAGGAUAUCUUGAGGGGGCGAGAGGAUAUGAUUACCUGGGAGGAUGUCUUUACCGGUGAAGAGUCGAGAGCGCUGCCUGGAAUCCAUGACGAGAUGGAGAAGAAGCUGAAGAUUAAUUAA